UUGCGGUGCAACAAUACGCAAGGCGCCAAGAAACGCAGCUGUAAAUAAAGGCAAAAGUCAUGUUAAGGUGAAUGAGAAACGGAAGUGUCUCUUUGAAGGAGAAUCCUCAAAACAAACAGAAAGCAUCAGUUAUCAUAAUGAGGAGGAGGAGGAAAAUGAAAUAAAGGAGGAGGAGGAGGAGCAAGAGGAAGAGAGUAGUGAAGAUUGUGUCUUGGAGGAAAGGCAUUUGAUUCAAACCGAGAGACGUAACAUAAGUAAGCAGGAAACAUCACCGAAUGAUCGCUUAUCUCGGAAAAGCUCCGUCUUUCAAACCGGCAAACGGUCAUGUGGUUUAUUAAACGAACCACUUUAUCUCUUCACCAUCCCGAUUCAUUUCUUGAUAAUUUUCUCCAUUUAUGCGUGGAUGCUGUUUCUGGUCCCCCACGCUGAACACCUGGGAAUCCCUCCUUCCAAAGCAGUCUUUCUCUCCACAAUUGGCGGCAUAGGUGGCAUCAUCAGUCGGACUAUCUUCAUUAUCCUCGUCGACAAAGGCAUCAAUGUCUAUGUCGUCUACAUCGCUAUAGGUCUCAUCGGAACGGCAUCAUUUCUGCUGGACUUCAUCAGUUCUGCUUACGCGGUGCGUGCUACCUUGGCUUUUGUCCAAGGUUUCUCCUUCUUCAUCGAGGAUGCUAUUAUGGCCACUUUAUUCAAAGAUGCAGUCUUUGAUGAUCGGAAUUUUAACAUGGCCGUGGCUGUCAGUCAAUUGGCGCAAGGACUAGGGGCGAUAAGUGCAGGAACAUUUACAGGUUACCUGUUUGAUGUCACCCAGUCAUUCACGAAGGUGUUCAUCAUUGUCGGCUUCAUCCAUGUCGUCAUGGUCGUUCAUCUCUUCAUCGUAUCGAUCCUUAUCAAGAGACGACGACAAGAUGCCAGCUCUGAUUUUGACCACUGAGGAUUUAGAAGAGGCAGAAAUGUACCCCCUAUACCGAACAACCGAGUAAUAUCAUGCCAUUAGUUACUAAUGGCUAAUAGUAACGACUAACUGUUUUUCCCAUGAUUCUAAACUAUCUAUUUUGAUUGCUUUUAGUAUACAUAUUUAAAAGGAUACUGGUUAUUGGAAAUGUAUGAGUCGAGAGUAUAACCUCUGAUUACUUCCAAACUUUAACUCAGGGUUUCUAUACCUGGCCAUGUUAUUGGAACAUCUAUGUUCCAAUUUAAGAGUAUGUAUAUGGACCGAGAUGAAUUUGACGAAUUUGACGAUUCACAUGUAAGAUACACAUGUAGUUUACUAACCAAGCCAAAAAUUGUUUCGCCUCAUUAAUAAAUCGGAUAUAAUGAGUAGGUAAACUGAUUAUGAAAAACCUUUUGUACGCACAGGUACAGCUAGUGCCGCUCCCUUCUUCAUGCAUGAGUUACCUAUUUGCUUGACCGAAAAGUCGGGGCAAAUUUACCAACCGCGUUGACAGGUACGAUUGCAUCUGAGAAAGGGCAGGGCAAGCGCCAUUGGAACUGUGCGGGGUGUAUUUUUUCUUUACACGACAGUCUGUGAAUUUACGGUUUUAAUUUCAAUAAACGCGCUCGCCAAGAGUCUAGCUAGCUAGCUUACCCUACGCAUGCGCACAUGGUAAUCAUUAGAGAUAGUGAUAGAGUUAUAAUAAUCAUGCAAACCCUUUUAUAAACCCAUAGCUAGAUCAAUCGGGAAGGACAGUGUCAUGCAAUCUUGUUGGUUCGAAUCUCAGUAUUUAUUCAUUUCUAUUUUUGGCCUUUAUAAAUGGUGAGACAAAUCAAUAACUAAUUAAAGUCCAAUUGUUUGUGUUCUCUUUUUAAGCUUUUGUAGCUAAACUAGAUAGCUAGCUAGACUCUUCGUGAGCGCGUAUAUUGAAAUUUAAGCCGUAAAAUCACAGGCUGUCGUGUAAAAAAAAAUACGCGUGCGGGGGGUAGCGGUUGUCAAGCUGAUUUGUUAUUGUAAAUUUAGUUAACAGAUGUAUUUGUAUAAUUUAGUUAAGAAUGAAAAAACGAAGACAAAUAUAGAAAGUAUAUAACUAAUUAUCAAUUCAGAGAGAGAGAGAGAGGGGAAAAUGAUAAUAUUAAAGUCAUUGGUAAAAGUAAUCGAUUAUGACUAUUAUAAGGAAAGAGGAAGAAGAGACCGCGUUUUUGAUGGGUCUUGUUGGUUGGGGCCAGUAUUCAUUCGCUGAGUUUAUUUAGUCCCCCCUCCCCAAACUGAAUCCUUUGUUUACUUUUAUAAAAUGAGUCAGGCACGGAGAAUGUGUAUCAUGUAUAAUUUAUGUUGGAAAUACUUAUUACUUUUAGUUAAACUGUAUGUACAUUAUAGUAAGUAAGAUUUUUUUUUUUUUUAAGUAGAUGAAUAUGUAUGGCCUUGGUCAAGAGUGAGGGGUGGAUACUUGGAGAUGAUCAUACAGAAGAUGUCAGUAAGAGGAGGGUCAGGAAGUCUCGAGUGUAGGAGAUAAUUCCAGUGAAUUUACUAUAUUUCCAAGGUAUGUUAAUAUAUACUCAUAUGUGAUUUAGCAUACGUUUGAAAUUUUAAACAGUGACAAUGUUUUGCCCAUACAUUGCACGCUAGCUGCACGCACAACAGAUUUUUCUCCAUGACUGCGAGUUCGCUGUGAUAUAGAAUGUUUGACUCUUUGAAUAGAUACUUUUAUUUUGUAUAUAUAAUGAGAUGUGAUAUAGCAGUAGAUUAUCUAAAGGAAUUCUGUCAUUAUAUGAGAGGUAUCUGUCUUAUUAUUCAAGUGGUUUUAGUAUUUAAUUGUGGAAUUAUACUGAGUAAUUUAGUUAGAGGGUGCAUAGUCGAAGCACAUUGUUGCAAGUUAGUGUGGCUUUAUUUCAGAGUUUGCAUACUAAGCGGAUGAUGACUAGUCUAUGUGUAGCUUUUGGUAAGAAUCAGUUCGUUAGUAUUGUAGGUCAUAUAUUAUUGAUAUUAACAACUUUGUUAUAUAAUAAUAAUACCAUCAAUAGAGAUACAUUUUGGUCCGGUUUAGAAAAGGAUAUAUUAUCGCAGGAAGAUUUAGCAAAAUGACCAUACUAGAUAAUUGAUAUGGUUUUAGGACACCUACCCCCUGGACAUCCACCCCCGGAUAACCACCCCAAUCAACUACCCCCUAGGACGACUACCCCCUAAGACAACUUACCCUAGACAACUUCCCCUUAGGAAAACUUCCCCCUAGGACAACUACCCCCGAACAACUACCCCUAGCACAACUACCUCCCGGACAACUAUCCUAGGGGAAGUUGUCCGGGGGUAGUUUUCCUAUGGGGUAGUUGACCAGGAGGUAGUCGCCCUAGAGGGUGGUUGCCGUAUGAGAUGUAUGUCCUAGGGCACGGGUGGCCAACCCGCGGCCGGCGAGUUCUUCUGGUGCGGCCCGUGGAGCAUCGAAUAAGUAAUUAUAAAAAUAGCUCAUGAAUGAAAUGCGGCCUGCCAGCAGCGAUUAAGUAGAGUAAAACAUAUACACACAGCUACCUCUAUGUCCAUUAUUUGUUUUCAUCAUUCACAACAUAUUGUCUCGUUAGUGGUUGAUACAAAACUCCUCAAAUUCUCUCUCAUUACAUUACACGACAUGAACAUCACUCGCCUUAUUAAUUUCAGUUUGAAAUUUCCGCACGCAGUAACGUUUGUAAAAUAUACAAAUGUUGUGAAUGGAGACAUAUGUUUGGAAUGCCAUACUUGAAACUUACAACC